AUGAUCCAACUAGACAGAACACGAACGGAUGAAGGCCGAUACGAACGAACAAUGACUGGCAAGAAGGAAGCACGAAGGCUGCGGCGGGGCUUUCGGUUCCAUGCUCGUCGCAGAGGGUGUUUGGCUUGCUAUGCUCGAUGUCCAACAGGAGGUGAAAACGAGAGAGAUGCGAGGGGCAUUUUGCUUCGGAAAAGGAGAACAAAAAUAGGAGUGGCUGUUGCUCUUGUGUUUGCACUAGAAAAACACCCACUUCAGUGGUGUGUUCUUGGCUGGAAACGAAGAAGAAGGAGAAAAGCAACAAUUUUUGUGGUGUUUGGGUGUUGCUGUAAACGCGAAGGGAAGCAAUGGGGAGCGAGAGACGGUUGUUGCCCUUUUGGAUGUGUUCCUGACAGCUUCACUCUAAAAAGGAAAUAUGAAAAAGUUUCCUCCGUAUGUACCUUUGGGUAA